UUGCUUUAGAUUCUGUAGAAUUGACUUUCAAAGAUCAAUAUCUUGCACGCAGUGACAUGUGGAGAAUUAAAAAAUGUUUGAUAAAUACUUGUGUAUAUAUAAACAAAAAGAUAGAAUUUUAUAGUAUUAGGUGUCAGGUGUUUGAGAUGUGGUCUCAGGGUGAGAGGGUAUCCUGUGGUGUUAUUACACCAGAUUCAAAAAUUGUUUAUCGUUCUGCUAGUAGUAUGGUAUAUUUAUUUCUCCAAAUGAGUUCAGAAAUGUGGGAUUUUGAUAUUAAUGGUGACCUUUAUUUUGAAAAAGCAGUGAAUGGAUUUUUGUCUGAUUUGUUUGCCAAGUGGAAAAAACUAAGUUGCAAUCAUGAUGUAACAAUAGUACUUUUUUCAAGAACAUUUUAUGAAGCACACAGUACUGAAGAAUUUCCUGAAUAUAUGAGGGAAUGCUUACAACAAGAUUAUAAGGGACGUUUUUAUGAAGAUUUCUACAGGGUUGCUGUGCAAAAUGAAAGAUAUGAUGAUUGGAGUUCAGUUUUAAUAAUAUUAAAAAAACUCUUCAAUAAAUAUCAGCAAAUGGUUUUAGAAUGUCAUCAAAAACCAGGAAUAAAAAUUCCACAUGCUGUUAAUUCAACAUCAUCUCAAGGAAAUUUUCUUGAAGUUCUUAACAUGUCAUUGAAUGUUUUUGAGAAACACUACAUGGAUCGUAGUUUUGAUCGUACUGGUCAACUGUCUGUAGUUAUAUCACCUGGAGUUGGUGUUUUUGAAGUUGAUCGUGAAUUAACUAAUAUAACCAAACAGCGAAUUAUAGAUAAUGGAAUUGGAAGUGAUCUAGUAUGUUUAGGAGAACAACCACUUCAUGCUGUACCAUUAUUUAAGGUACGUACUGUUUUAAAAUAGGGCCGCUGCAUUGCU